AUGCUCGCCGCCGCGGCUUCACAGACUCUACUCGGCAAGCUCGGUGGCGCGUUCUGGGACGCGUUCGCGCGCCCGUCGGGGACGCUCGGCCCGAACGGCCACGUUAAGAAAGAGUGGGACGCGGACAAGGUCCGCCGUAUCAUGGAGGGCACGGCUGUGCUCAAGGUCGUCGACGUCGAGCCUCAGCCUUCUGUCGCCAAGGCGCCUGCUGCGACUCCUGCGCCGCUUAAGCAGGAGAAGAACUGCCUUAAGGAAUGCCCUUCCAGCAAGGUUGCGGACAUCCUUGCGGAGAGCAUGGCGACCCUGAAUCUCGGCCGCAAGUAG